AUGCCUCCUCCUUAUUUACAGUCUUCUACCUCUAAACACCAUUCGGUGAAUUCUGAACCUCAUCAUGCGAGUCCUGUUAAAUCUCCUUCCGUCAUGAAUCAUGUGUCGGCUUCUCUUGAUAAUUUAUCACGAGGACAACCUUCACAGCAACAUGCUCAUUGUUUAAGGACUUCACAUUCAACUUCACCAAGUCCAAGUUUGAAAGAACAUAAUUCACCAGUCGUCCAUUCAUUAUUAAAUGUUCGUUCUGGUGAAUCCCCAUCUCAACAGAUUUCCUCUCAGUCAAAAUCUGAAACUGUUGAUCAUCCUCAUGAAAAUAAUAUUCAUUUACAAGUAGCAUGUAUGCAUCCUCCUUCACUUCCUUCUAAUAAUGGACUUGUUCAUCCUAAUGUUCAGCAUUCACAAUCUCGUAACUCAUCAACAUGGGAGAAUCAACAAACAUCUCUCAUGGUUAAUGGUUAUCGAUCACCUCAAAUUCCACUAAGACCGCAACCAUCUUCAAAUCCGACAAAUGUAGUAAGUUUACCUGCCAAUGAUGAAUUGAAGCAAAGUCCUGCUCAAAAACCAUCAAUUCAAUAUGGUACUAGUAGUUUUCCUUCAGAGUAUCACCAUUAUCGCGCCUCUUUUGAAAAGGAUGUAUAUCAAUCAGUGUCUUUGAAUAGUGAAAAGACUUCAGUUGAUUUGAAAAAGAUAAUUGAUCAUUGCUCGUUAAUCGGACAAUUUGCAGCUCAAUACAGUGAUAUGCGCAGUCAAUCGGGAAAUAGAAGCUUAAAUUGGCCCACAACGAUUCCUAACGAAUCUAAUAAUAUUCCUACGGAAGCUCACGUUACAGAAAUGAUUAAUAAAGCUUUUGAAGUACUUUAUGUGUUAAAUGCUUUAAAAGAUGAAACUGUAAAUCGUCGUGGACCGAAAAGACCUGCUCCUCCAGGAAGAUGUCAUUCUUGCAACAUACAGGAAACGCCUGAAUGGCGUCGCGGACCUGAUGCUCAAACUGCCUUGCAAGAACAACAACGCGCUUUACAUGCUCUUCAUACACAUCCCUACGCACCACAGCAUAUGUUAGCAUAUUCUUCCAAAAUUACGCCAUUUCCCGGAUUUCCGUCACAUAUGGUGACUCAUGGACAAUUAUUAACAUCGACCACUCGUAUUACUACUUCUAAUAAUAAAUGCCUUUUGAAAUUUA